AUGAGCAUUCCCAUCUCUACAGUCCCUCCAGCGUCGAGGAGUACGUACAUUCUUGACCAGCUUGAGGGCGAGCGCGUAACUCUGCCCGGAAGCAAAGGCGUCUUUCGGAUCCUCGCAUCGUCUCAACAGACCAACGGUGGGAUCGCGGUCUUCACCAGCGGUGCCGUACUAUCGGACGCACCUGGUUUCCACUGGCAUGAGCAGGCGCACGAUGUGUUCCUGGUGACAAAAGGGUUUCUCAAGUUGUGGAACGGAGAUAAGUGCAGGAUAAUGGGCCCAGGAGAUUUCGCCUAUGUCCCCCCAAAAGUGAUUCACAAUCCCGAGCUUCUCGGACCGCACACAGAGACGUUUGGUCUUGUUGCUCCGGGCGACUGGAUUGAUUUCUUUCGUUACGUUGGGGAGACCUACGAUGGUGUUAUCGUGCCAGAGAACGACAAUCGCGAUCUCAAGGCCAUACUCAUUCCAAAGCUGAUGGCGUCCAAGGAGCGCUUCGAUGUUCACUUCGAAAGGAAUUAUCAACCACCUGAGGUAGGUCCAUGGAAAGAUUCGGAAAACCAGCUUGCAGCUCCAGAAAACCCGUAUUUUCUGAGGGCAAACACGGGCCCGCGAUGGAUCUUGGGUGGAGUUAUCUCGCGACCAUUCAUUCAUGCCGAACAGACCGGUGGCAGAUUUGCUAUCUCGAGCAUAGAGUCCUCAAACGUUUACGAUGCACAGCAGCGGCCAUUGGCACGGUGGUUGGCAUUCGCUGGAGUCGACCAUUGCUUUUGUGUUCAAGAAGGUUUACUCCGCGUUCGAAUUCAGCCUAGCGAAAGUUGGAACGAGAUCCGUGAGGGACAGACUCUGGUUAUUGCUGCGGGUGAAACUUUUUCAAUUGAUUUUGGCAGUCGUUUUGUGCGCAUAUGGUCAUUUACGAAUGGGAAGGGGGUCGAAGAACUCAUCAAAAAGGCUGGUGAACCGUAUGAUAGAUUUGUCAUACCAGAGACUCCGGGGGCUAUGGAUGAGUCACGAAUAUCCGACGCCUGUAAAGAGCUUAAUAUUAGUUCUGAUAGCACCUAG